UCACGUCUGAGUGCCCACCGGAAAAACAACAUCAUAUGACAAGAUGGCUGCCCGAGUGAUCCUGUAUGUUUUGUUUGUCGUCGCCCUUAUAACUGUUGUUUGUUGUUCGUCUGCAACACUGAAACCUGCUGACACCCCUUACAAGGUUCAAUACGUUGAACAGUACGUAGAUAACUUCAACUUUGUCAGUUAUGGACAACGGACGUACAAGCAGAGGGUUCUAGUUUCCGAUACUUAUUGGGAGAAGAGCAAAGGUCCGAUAUUCUUCUACACCGGAAAUGAGGGGCCCAUCACGGCAUUCUGGGAAGCCAGCGGGUUCGUCAAGGAACUGGCCGCGAAAUUCAAGGCUCUGUUGGUCUUCGCGGAACAUCGUUAUUACGGCGAGUCUCUGCCGUUCGGUAACCGUUCCUUUACCGGUGAGAAUAUCGGACUGCUGAGUGUGGAGCAGGCCAUGGCGGACUACGCACGGCUCAUGACGGGCAUGCGCACACAGCUCGGCUGCGAGUCCCCGGAUGUGUGUCCCAUCAUCACUUUCGGCGGCAGUUAUGGAGGGAUGCUGAGUGCCUACAUGAGGUUUAAGUACCCAAACCUGGUGACCGGAGCUCUGGCUGCCAGCGCGCCCAUCUACCUCGUAGCUGGUCUUACAGAGGAGCAUCAGUUCUUUCAGGAUGUCACGGAGGAUUUUAGAAAGAGUGACGCCCACUGUCCACUGAAGGUCCAGUCUGCUUUUGUCCAGAUGGACGAAUUAGCUGCUGAGGGUCAGCAAGGUCUGAAGGAGAUCUCGGACCGGUUCCGACUGUGCUCCCCGCUGACAGACAGACAGGACCUGUCCCAUCUGUACGGCUGGGUGCGGAACUCCUUCACUACCCUCGCCAUGCUGGACUACCCCUACCGUACAGCGUUCGAGGCCAAGCUACCGGCCAAUCCUGUCAACGUGGCCUGUGGUUUGAUUCUAAACAGCAGUGAUCUACUGAAGGGACUGUCACAGGCAGCAGGAUUGGUCUAUAACGGGACAGAUGGAACACUUGAGUGUUUCGACAUCUUUCAGGAGUUCAUAGCGUGUGCAGACCCUACAGGGUGUGGUCUGGGGGAUGACUCAACUGCAUGGGACUAUCAGGCAUGUACGGAAGUGACUCUACUUGAGAGCACCAACAACGUGACGGACAUGUUCCCUCCGCACAACUACACGGCGGAGGCCCGGGCGGAGUACUGCCGGGACACCUUCGGCGUCACGCCCCGGCCCGACUGGAUGGGCAUACAGUUCUGGGGCAAAAAUAUUUUGUCGUCGAGUAACAUCAUCUUCUCCAACGGUGACCUGGACCCCUGGCGGAGGGGCGGGGUUCUGACUAACCUGUCGUCUUCUCUCGUCGCUAUAACUAUAGAGGGAGGAGCACAUCACCUGGAUCUCAGGGGUACGAACCCUGCAGACCCAGCCUCGGUCACCCAGGCGAGGCAACAAGAAGAGGCUCUGAUUGGCCAGUGGAUCAGCCAGGCCACCAAUCAGGUUUGGGAAGGGCCUACCACGAAAUAACGGCGAGAUCAGGACGGAACAUGCUGGACUUUACCAUAAUGAGAGUUAUGUACAAUACCAACAAGAAGUUAUAUUUUAAGUUGGCCUUUUUCCUUACAGAGGAGUACUGCUCACUAACUUUGCGAAACAAACUUGGAGAUAAAAUAAUACAGCUUCGUACUUAUAGUGCCCUAACGUGGCUUAAUGACAACCUCUUGUGUAUUGAUCUACCCGUUACAGUCUAGGGCUACCAUACCUUCAACACAGUAAAAUAAGAUAAAAUACAAAUUUCCUGUGUAUUAUCCGAAAUCUAUAGUGUUUUCAAGAAUAUCAAACCUCUGUUGAAGAAGAUAAUACUAUGAACCAUUUGUACCUUGCACCAUGUAUUUCGUUCUCUGUGUUUUCAGCAGUCCCCUAUGUGGAUAGUGUGAGCCUGGUUCGCUGCCAGCGGUCUGCCAUAGGCACAGAACACGUCCCUGUAACGUUUAGACAACAUACAGUUACAACAUUUUAAACCAUGCUUCAAACAUUGUAAUCAGAAAUUAGAGAUUUUAGCCUUCAGGAAAGUA